UGGACUCAAUCAGAUGGGGAGGCACAAAGGGGAGGGCGGACAGACAGGAGUUUGACAUACAUAAGACAAAGACCACAGCAAUUGUUAGUUAAGUUGUUGCCACUGAGGAAGGAGCAUCUCUGUGUUACUACUUCAUCACAGCGUCAUAGAAAGUUCAUGUUAAAUGCGGGAAAGAAAACAAACCCUCUAGUGGGACAUAAUCAGCUCCUCUGACAACUCUGGAUAGUGAAGAGAAGAAGCAGCAGGACACCAGAGCUGCAGGAAGCCGGCAUACCAACAUACCACCACUAAAUAGAUAAGGAGGGAAACUCCAAAAACACCAAAAGUUCUUUUAACUUCACGCAAGGAAAGGAGGGGAAAAGUAGCCGUGUUCCUAGAGAGAGGAGUUGAGAGUUGAAGGGACUCAAAAGGACUUUGUUGAAGGACUGACUGGACAGUCUUGUGGUCUUGAGAAGAAGUGAGAAAAGCAGCAACAAUCUGGAGGACGAGCAGCAAGAGGUCUACCGGGGCCGACAGCACAAUUUCACUAUGAGUAUGACUGGUACUCUAGAGAAGGGGGCCCACCACCAGGCCUUGGACCUGUCCGAGGAACUGUCGCCUCAUCACCACCAUCACCACAACAACCACCACCAGCAUCUUCACCACUCCAACUCCCUGGCCUCCACCGCCGCUGUGGGUGGAGGCAGAGAAACACCUUCACGUGUAGUUGUACCUCCUCCUUAUUCUGCAGCUGAGAUCGGUGGCGGGGGCAGUGAAGCUCCUCUGGAGCUGCGGGGGUCCCUGGACUGCUGGGCCUGCUCGGUGCUGGUGACGGCGCAGAACCUCAUUAUUGCCACGAUCAACGCCUGCCUGGCUGGAUUGGUGUUCGGGACCAUCCUGACGCCGGCCAUUGUAAUGGUGGUGUUUGGCUUCCUCUGUCACUCUACAGUCCGCCCUCACGGGACGACCCGCUACUGCUCAGACCUGCUGACUGACGGAGGCUGCGUGGCUCUGCUGGUGGUGGGCUUUCUCUUGGUGACCCCUCUGCUGGUCCUGGCACUGGCUGCAUACUGCCGCUUAGCCCGACACCUCCAGCUGGGCCUCUGCUUUAUCCCGUACAGCCGGGCCGUGUACAAGAACCCGCCGGCCACCCAGCACCGCGGCCUGGGUACUGGCUGCUGUGGCGGCCGAAAUGGAGCCGAUGGCAGUGGGAAGGGGAAGGUCUGGGUGUGAGAUGAAGAUGGUAGGAAGGGGCAGAGGGGGAUGAGGAAGACCAUUAUAUGACACAUAUGAAGGGAACAAGAGAAGGGGCUGUAUGGGAUGACUAAAAAAAAAGACAAUGGACGUAAGGAACAGCAAAGUGUAUACCAGAGAAGGAGGACGAGGAAAUGGAAAUGACUGCAACAACCAGCUGAACAUCCUGGAAGACCAGUUACAUUGUUAUAAACACUGACUAAUAGCUUACAUUAUUGAUUGUUUAGAUAAAACGUGGUGUACUAAGAUAUUUGUGUUUGUUGUAUUAUUCCACUGGCUGUUACUGGUAUUUUUGAGUAUCUGAGGCAAGGCACGGAGGCAAGAUGCAUGCCCAGGAUACAUCAUAUAUAUACGUCACGUAAAAUGUAUUGUAUGUAUUGUCUCAUGUAAACAAUCAUAGAAAUAAGAAAAUGGCUUAAUACUAAGAUGCUGAAUUAUUCAAGGAAAUUAUUACAGCAAGAUUGACUGUAUAUCAGAAAUUAAACCAAUAAAAUGAACCUAACUGCUGAGGAAAGAGCAAACACUCAAGUUGUCAUCAGAAAAAACAAAACAUUUCCUUUUAUAAAUAAAGUGUUUGGAUUCAGCUGGA